AUGGCACGCAAGAAGGGCGAGGCUCAGCCAAAGGUGUGGCCCUCUGAUGAAGAGGCCAAGGAACUCCUCAUGAAAUUCAACAGCACGCUAGAUGUCAGUAGCCUCAAGAAGACAAAGAACCAAGAGGAGUUCCUCCACAGUCGCUCCUUGAAGCUCCAUGAGCAGGUAAGCAAGUUGGACCUUGAAAAUCGCGAGCGUGAGACCUUGGACCUCCUCCAUGAUAGCAUGUAUGGAGGACGCCUGGGCCUCGUUGGCACUGACAAAGACAAGCUCCUUAGCCUUAGGGAUAUGGUGGAGUUGAAGAUGAGAAAAUCAAAGCACGGCUCCAGCAGCUUGUGGUCGGGGAGCGAGUCCUCCCACAGCCAUUGCCGCAGGUGA